AUGGCUCUCACAAAGGAAAUAUGGACCCGGGUCUUUCAGUACCUGAGAGACACUGAGGAUGGCCAAAAGGAUCUACACGCUGUCUCUCUCGUCUCACAGGACUUCUACCAGCUCGCCUGGCCCAUCUUGUACAAGAACAUUGCCUUCCCUGCCGACUCGUUGAAGCUUCUCAACACCUUGAUGAAAAUGCCCUUCAUAACAGACCUUGUACGCUCUGUGGAGCUGACCGACUCCCGCCCGGCGGGAUAUGUUGCCCAGGCAGAUCGACUGGCAGACAUGACAGUACGAAGCCUGCAGGUUCCCCCCAGACUCAAGGCCCGUCUCGAAAGCCUCGUUGGCGAGUUCUCCUCUGGUAUAUACAACGGCACCCCGACGUUGAUUCUAAGUCAAACACGCAAUGUCGAACGUCUUACCUUGAAACUGGACGAUCCCUGCCCGGACCUGAUGUGGCUCAUCAGCGGGUCGGAGGACGUCGAGUUGCGCUGGGAGCCAGUGCAGCGCUUCCUCUUCGAAGUCGACAAGCUAGAGGAGGAUGAGGAACUCUCAAGCCGGUUCACUCUCCCCGACAUCAUCCCCCCCGAGCCAGAGAUGCCGUCGGCCGUGGACAUGGCCCGGUAUCGCAUGGAAGCCUACCAGCACUACGGCUUGCCAUUCUUGACGGAGCUGACCCUCAUCCACCCCAACGACGGUCCAAAGAUGAGCGUUUACCACCUUGUUCCCCUAAUGACACACCGGGCUCUGCGAGUCCUAUCCCUCAAGGGCGUCUCGUACGAAGCAGCCGACGUGGACUCCAUGAUGAUCACGCCAGUCCAGGCCAACCUCCACACCUUCAGACUCUCAGAUGCCCUUUUUGACGGAGUGGGCAUCAAGGACAUUUUCCAGCGCUUCCCUUACCUCAGAAGCCUCGAACUGAGCUCGGGCAGCCCCAACAAGGCCGACCCCGCGGCCCGGCACCCGGUCAACUUCCGCGAGCUCGGCGACGUGUUGACGAGUUUGGCCAGGCACCUCUAUGUACUCCACCUCGACACAAGAGCUUUCCGAAAGGAGCCCCCCCAGUUCGGGCUCAUGUAUCUGAGCCGGCUCAUCUGCGUCAGGAGGCUGGUCAUCAGCACUGACUGCCUUCGCAACUACGACCCCUCGGUGCCGAAAGGAGAGAUGUGGCGGACCAUGACUCGUGACCUGCCCCUCCGGCUGCAGGAACUAGAGUUCCUAGAGGUGGAUAUCGAAAAUUGA